GUACUUAACUACAAAUUUCUCUGAGUGUAUUUGACAGUGCUGGCACGAAGGUUUCAAUGAGAAUUAAAAGAGUGCAAGGAACAGAAAAUUGCAUUAUGCAUAAGCCGCUAGAGCUUAAGCCAUUAUCGAACCCCUCCACGUAUCCAAACAUGCACAAAUAAAGAUACUGAUACUCACGCCAAAGAGAAAGGGAGAGAGAGCGAGAGACUGUAGCAAUCCAAGAGAUACGAUUCGAAAAAGAGAUAGAGCGCUACUUGGCUAUUGGAGCCGUAUAAAAUAAGUGUGUCCAUGUUACGCCCCAUCAUUGGAACUCCUCGGCUUGACCAUGUACCUCUGUCAACAACUCUGGCUGCUCUUGCUCUGGCUCUGCUUCGCCUUUCUCAGCGUGCAUGGCAUGCCAUGGAAAUGGGGACCUGCCUCGAAUUCUGGACCCCAUGGCGGACCAGCCUGGAAUGGCGGAGAAGAUUCCACUGACAAUAUAGUCAUCAAUUCGAAAAACACCGGCAAGUGGCGUUACUGAUUUUAACCUAGUGGUAGGGGCGUGACCACAACCGAGUCUAGCUGCACUUUACAGUAAAUCAUAUGAAUAACUUUACAACUAUUUUGCUUUGCAAUUGUUUUCCGCCGAAACGUACUCAACUUUUAUGCAAAUACUUCAUUCAUGGUCAUACUCAAUUAAAUAUAGUCGCUUCAGUUGUAUACCAAUGUGUCUAUGACAUAUAAAUAAAAACAUACACAUUA